CCUGGAUGCGUUGGGAUGUUUUCCUGUAGUGUUGUCAGCUGGACCCGACAGCAGCACCAGAACCAUGACAGUGGCUCCCAUACGCCUCAUGCUUUGUUUACAAAGUGGCUCUUUCUAUCUCAUACCCCUGGCUCUGACCCAUCUGGCUCUGUCUGUCUGUCCUACAGUCGGAACCAGCUGUCCGUCCUCCCAGCUGUCGUCUGUAGCCUCCCCCUAAAGGUUCUGAUCGCCUCCAAUAACAAACUUGUGUCUCUGCCAGAAGAAUUGGGCCAGCUGAGACACCUCACUGAGCUGGAUGUGAGCUGUAACGAAAUCCGGACGUUACCAUCCCAAAUAGGUCAGCUGGAGGCUCUGAGAGACCUGAACAUCAGGAGGAACCACCUGGUCCGACUUCCUUCAGAGCUGGCAGAGCUUCCUCUGGUGCGCCUCGACUUCUCCUGCAACAAAGUGACCUCCAUCCCUGUCUGUUACCGCGGCCUCUCUCACCUGCAGGCCAUCGUCCUGGACAACAAUCCACUGCAGAGCCCACCUGCACAGAUAUGUAUCAAAGGGAAGGUCCACAUCUUUAAGUAUCUGAACCUGGAAGCCAGCAAGAGCACGCCGGAGCUGCCCGAGUACGACAGACGACCUCUGACCUCCUGUGUUGAUGAGGCGUAUCAAGGGCGGCCGUAUGGAGCGCUCGACUCUGGCUUCAAUAGCGUCGACAGCGGAGACAAGCGGUGGCUGGGCAAUGAGGUUUCAGAGGAGCUGUCGGAGCAGGCGGUCAGAGAUCACAGACGCUCUGGACCAGGAGGAGCUGUGCUGCCCAACGGGACACCAGAUGGGGAGAUGGAGCAGAUCGACUUCAUAGACAGCUAUGUGGAGGAGGAGGAGGAUGGGAAGGCUCGAGGUGACAGAAGCAGCCUCAGCUCUCAGUUCAUGGCCUACAUCGAGAGACGCAUCACCAGAGAGGGUUCUCCAGUGAAGAACAGCUUGGCCCGGGCCGAUGACAUGAGGCGACACAGCAGAAACAUGGCCGACAGCGCCUCGCCGUCUCCCACCUCCCACAGUCAGAGAGGAGCCUCUGGUUCUGCUUCUGGAGGCGUUGAGAGGAUAAGGAGGGAAGCUCAGCUCGCCGCUCUGAGGUACGACGAAGAGAGGCAGAGGAAUCGUUCUCUCCAGAGAGAUGGUGCCACCAACUAUGCCAAGAAAUCAACCCAGAGUCCAUCAAAGUCCGGUCCAGAGGCUGAGAACGUCUACCCCUCCAGACGCUCCACCCACACAGAUGACUCCGCCCUCAUCAUGCAGGGGGAGGACAGAGCCACCCUGUCUCCUACAGCCAAUCAGUCACCAUCAUAUCAAAACUUGGGGGGCGGAGCCUCCAGUCAGACAGGCAGCGUUCGUCCUGAGAGCUUCCUGUAUCGCCUUGGACAAAGAGACGAGAAAAGAAGAGGGGACCCAGCUGUUGCUCCUUCUCAGACCAAGCAGGAGGUUCCUGCGGCUCCUCCUUUGGUGGGAGAAGAUGCGGAGCUGGUGGAGCAGCUCAGGAAGAACAUUGAGUCCCGACUGAAGGUGGCGCUGCCCAGCGACCUGGGAGCCGCUCUGACGGACGGCGUGGUGCUGUGCCACCUUGCCAAUCACGUGAGGCCGCGCUCCGUCCCCAGCAUCCACGUCCCUUCCCCCGCUGUGCCUAAACUCACCAUGGCCAAGUGUCGCCGCAAUGUUGAGAACUUCCUGGAGGCGUGUCGCAGGAUCGGAGUCCCGCAGAGUAAGUUGUGUCUUCCUCUUCACAUUCUGGAGGAACGAGGGCUCCCUCAGGUGGCCGGGACAGUCAGUGCACUGCUGGACCUGGCUCCGCCCCGACAGUCCGUCUCCUCGACGACAACGCCGCCCGGAACCUCCGUCAUGAUUUAGCCCCCCCACCCCGCUGCAGCUGCACGCGCUCAGUCAGCCUCCUGUAACGGCAGCCGCCAUAUUCCACUGAGCAGAAAAAAACACAGCGCUGUCAAACGUACACGAGUCACCUGGACAGGCUCAGCCUCGGAAGCUGUGGGACGUAUGGAAGCCCAUCAGAACCAGGAGUUGUAGUUAGAAACCUGAACGCUGUUUGGUUGAACUGAGUGAGUCGGUGUGAAGAGCAGGUUUUACUGCUAGAACUGGAGGAGAAACACAUCAAACAGGAAAUUCUUUGAACUCUGAAAAGUUUAACUUAGUUGGAACAAAUCCAACUCAGGCAGAGAGUUUUUUACCUUUUUGUUCUUGUGGAACAUCUGAUCUUUUUGUUUUUUUGUGGAAAUAUAUUUUAUUAAGUGAGAGAAAAUUUUAUUUUAAAAAUUUUCUCUCAAUCCUUUGAAUUAAUCUAAACCACAAACAAAUUAAACUUAAAAAAUAAGUUUUAAAAACCACUCAUUGUUGUGUGAAAGUUACAUUUUACACUAAUUUACCAUGGUUUUGUUUUAGCUUAUGUUACACAGGUAAGCUUUCUGCAGAAAUGGGCUUCCAUACAGUUUCCAUACAGACUUCCAGCAGGUGAGUGUUUUAGUCUGGAUGUUGUGAGGCGUUCCUACUGAUCCCAGUACACAGGAGUCAAACGGGCUGUGUUACUGGUGCAGGACUAAUGACAGGACGGGAUCUGAUGGAGACAUAAACAGAGCUGAGCGCACACUGUCACUGAAGCAGUUUAUUUGUCCUUAGAAUGAGUCAUUCGACAAAUCUCUAAAGAGAAAAUCUAGGUUUAAACACAGAAAGCUUAUCGAUAAGUCCACACAUCAUGAAUACAUAUGCAUUUUUUCUCUUUGAGACUAAAGAUUUCAGCUUUUUUUAGGUCAGUUUCAGGGAUUAUUUAUUUUGCCUGGGUCAAAACAGGCCAAAAAUCUCACCUGUUUAAAUUACAUUCCAAUAUUUUUCUUAUUUAAACAGAAUUUCUGUUAAACUUCACUUUAGAGGUAAAGUUUACCGCAGUCAUGUACAGGUAAACAUGACAAGUAAAAUUUUCUCCCAAACUCCAAAUUUGUCCACAAGUUUUUGUGGAAUAUGUCGUCAGACUUAAGAAACCGAACCUCAAAAUCUAAAACUUUGAAUAAAGUUAAAGACUUUCCCCCCCCCCCCACAUAUUAUGUUUUGUAAUUGUUUAACCUACUUCUGUUUCCUGUUGCGUUCCUGGAAAAUGUCCAUAUGGAUUCAGACCUGACUCCCUUACCUGGAGUCAGGUUUCUUUUUCAUUCGUCUCGUUGCAUCCUCAAAUAUAUCGACCAGCUUCAUUUACUCGAUGUUUUCACUUCAAACUUUCAAAAGAUAUUAACUGUCACUGCUUCAGUUUUAGUGCAUUGGUAUAAGUUAACUUGUACUGAUUAAUUAAUUAAAGAAAUAAGAGAAAUAUACUUAAUUUUUCCAUAGCAAGGAAAUCAGGUAUAAUAAGCAGGGAAGUGAAAGGCAAACGGAAGCAUUUGGAUACUAAUGAAGGUAAAAACUGUACAGUAAGGGCAGAUGUAUAACAC